CGUGGGGUCCCCGGAGCGCGCGGCCGCUUCCUCGCCGGUCACCACCCUGACCCAGACCAUGCACGACCUCGCCGGGCUCGGCAGUGAGACUCCAAAGCGUCAGGUAGGCAGCCCGCUCACAUGCCUAUCCCUGUCCCGGCGGCGGGCAUCUGAAUCCUCCCUGUCGUCUGAAUCCUCUGAAUCUUCUGAUGCAGAGUUGCGACAUGGUGGGGGAAUGUGUACAGAAGAUGCCACUACUUUCAAACCAAGGUGCUCUGUCCCCCCAGGUCUGUGUAUGGAUUCUCCCAGCCCCAUGGACCCCCAAAUGGCAGAGCAGACGUUUGAGCAGACCAUCCAAGCAGCCAGCCGGGUCAUCCGAAACGAGCAGUUUACCAUUCGACGUUUCCAGUCCUUGCCGGUGAGGCUUCUGGGCCACAGCCCUGUGCUACGGAACAUCACCAACUCCCAAGCACCUGGCAGCUGGAGGAAGAGUGAGGCGUGUGGCCGAGCUGCCCACAGCUCUGGGGAGGACAAAGAGAAUGAUGGAUUUGUCUUCAAGAUGCCAUGGAAACCCCCGCAUCCCAGCCAUGCCCGUGCUUUGGCAGAGUGGGCCAACCGCAGAGAAGCCUUUGCCCAGAGACCAAACUCCGCUCCCGACCUGAUGUGUCUCACCCCUGAGCGCAAGAUGGAAGUAGAGGAGCUGAGUCCCCCAGCCCGAUGCCGCUUCUAUCUGACUGCCACCCAGGGGGCCUCUGAAGAAGAUGAUGGAUUUGUGGACAUCCUGGAGAGUGACUUAAAGGACGACAACGCGGUACCCCCAGGCAUGGAGAGCCUCAUUAGCGCCCCACUGGUCAAGACCUCAGAAAAGGAGGAAGAGCAGGACCUCAUCAUGUACAGCAAGUGCCAGAGGCUCUUCCGCUCUCCGUCCAUGCCCUGCAGCGUGAUCCGACCCAUCCUCAAGAGGCUGGAGCGGCCCCACGACAGGGACCUGCCCAUACAGAACAAACGGAGAAGGAGUGUGACCCCUCCAGAGGAGCAACGGCAGGCCGAAGAACCUAAAGCCCGUGUCCUCCGCUCCAAGUCCUUGUGUCACGAGGAGAUUGAGACUAUCCUGGACAGUGACCACCGGGAACUGAUUGGGGAUUACUCCAAGGCCUUCCUUCUGCAGACUGUGGAUGGGAAGCACCAAGAUCUCAAGUACAUCUCACCAGAAACGAUGGCAGCCUUACUGGCAGGCAAGUUCAGCAACAUCGUGGAGAGGUUUGUGAUUGUGGACUGCAGGUACCCCUACGAGUAUGAAGGCGGGCACAUCAAGACUGCUGUGAACCUGCCCCUGGAACGGGAUGCUGAGACCUUCCUGCUACAGAGCCCCAUCACACCCUGUAAUCUGGACAAGAGAAUCAUCCUCAUUUUCCACUGUGAAUUCUCAUCUGAGCGCGGUCCCCGCAUGUGUCGUUUCAUCAGGGAGCGUGACAGAGCCGCCAACGACUACCCCAGCCUCUACUAUCCUGAGAUGUACAUCCUCAAGGGCGGCUACAAGGAGUUCUUCCCGCAGCACCCGACUUUCUGUGAGCCCCAGGACUACCGGCCCAUGAACCACGAAGCCUUCAGGGAUGAGCUGAAGACCUUCCGCCUCAAGACCCGCAGCUGGGCUGGGGAGCGGAGCCGGCGGGAGCUCUGUAGCCGCCUGCAGGACCAGUGAAGGGCCAGCACCGGUCCUGCCUACCUUCUUGGCCUCACUGCCUGGGUGCCAGCCACCCGGGCGCCUGCAGGGCUGAGGGUCUGCUGGAGGCCCCAGCUGCCAUCCAGGGGAAGGACAGUGAGGGUGUCCUGUGCAUACGCCCCCAGCCCCGAUCCCCAUGUCUCACUGCGAUCAUACUCCAUAUCCUCGUGCCACCCCCAACCCCAGCCCAGCCCCUGGGAGAGCCCAGCCUGUUGACUUGGUGAAACUGGAUUAAGUCCAGCUCAAAGGAAGUAUUUUGUGUCCAGCAGGAACCUUUUUGCUUUUUUUCCUUCCUUGUUUGAGUUAACCCUUUGUCUUGUGUCCAGAAAAGCCCCCCCUCUUUCCUAGGCACUCUGUAAGCGGCUGGGGGAAAGUCCACAGUGCCCCCCCCCCACCCCGGGAUGGGCCAAAGCAGAACCUCUCCCUGCCCAGGGCGUUGGCACUCUUGGGUGUGUCUGCCAUGUUCCCUUUCUCUUCCUCUCUUUCCUGUCCUUCCACGUGAACACCUCUAGCACAAACAGAAGCUCUCACUCUUUCCUGUUUCAGUGUUACCUACAUGCUUGAUUCAUUCGUCUGAUUUGUUGCCCAUCUCAGGGUAUGCACAGGCUGAGAUUUAGGCUCCUCUCUCCACUUGGGGUUAGAGACUCCAAACAUUAAUUAGCCACUCAACCCUGGCUUCUGGUGCAUCAGAAAGGGAUGACCUCCUUGGGGGCCUGUUGGGCGAGGGCUAAGGUCUGCAUCCUCAGCGCCUGGCAGCCCAGCCCCCACUGCUGUGAACUCCGGGGUCUGACUGGUCAGAACUUGCUGCUCUCUUGUUGUGGAUGGACAGAUGGACGGAUGGAUGGAUGGUGGAUGGAUGGAGAGCCACGGAUGCCCAGUGUCCUGCACACACAAACUGCUGAGUGGAAGCAUUUCAGUGAGCAUGACCAUCUGCAGCAAGGAUAUAUGUGUGUCUGUGUCUGUGUGGACAAAAUCUUUACACAUUAAGGUUUGGAAAUAUUCAAGAUGAAAUGUCAUGGAAGCAGUGAAGCCAAGGACAGAGCCACGUCUGGAUUCUGAAUCUCAGGACGUGUGGAGGGCUGUGCUUGAAGGCCCUGUUGACUCAUCUGUUCAGGCCUUGGUUCAAUAAAGCACUGAGCAAGCUGAGUAACCA